AGACCAAUCCUCUUGUUCCAUAUUCAUGAACAAUCAGUUCCUUGAACUAAUUUGUUUGAAUGAAGGUACUUUGUCCUUUCAGCAACUGAUUUAAGAUUUAAGUUCGAUGAGUCAUUUUCAUUCCUGUUGUCUUCAGCACAUUCGAUGAUACCAUGUCAUUGUCGGGAUCAAGUUCUGUUCACUUGCUAGAACGCAAUGGCAAAGUGCUUAACAUGUCGGAGACGAAAGACCCUCAUCAGCCCAGUGUGGGAAGUGAUAUCUCACCUUGGAACAUAAGCUCGCUGCAGGAAAACAUUUCACAUCGAAACAGACAAAAUUAUUUCACAGUUGAGGAACUAAUUGCCACAUCCGAGCUUAUUCAAAACACAAGAGAUGGUAUCGAAGUCGAUAUGAUUUGCCAUCAACUCGAAGUAAUAUCCAAUGAAGAAAGCCCCAUAACGUCUUCUAUUGGACUCUUCUCUGUUAUUGUUCCUAGAAAUUCUCAGUCCAACAAUUGGGUUCAUAUGCCCAAGGACUUCGACUCCAGCCUGAACUCAGACGCCAGCCUUCUCGAUCAUGUGGAAGAAGUUAAAGUCAGUGGCCAGACUACACUACAGCCAGAUACAAUGGAGCAUGUGAACGAGUCACUUGUCUUGGGAUCCGAAGCCAAUGAUCCUCUCCAGGAGUUGAUUCCUGGCUCAGGAGUACAUUCACCUGAAAUCGCUACAAUAGUCAACGCCGCGGUCUUCCCUUUGGUACACGAUUUCGACUUCAUUCCGACAGGUCCGAGUACUUUUACUAGCUCCCUACCGGAAACGACAUUCUUCUUACUUGAUCACUACAGAUCAAAUAUGCUGGAUUCUUUCACUCCAAAGUGCAACCGCUAUCCACCCUGGAAAGUUCUGCACCUGCCCAGCGCCUUGCAGGCUGUAUCAGAGAUUAGCAUCUGGGGCAGUACAGACCCCGUAAAAACAUCUUUGCUGUAUGGUAUCUUAUCGGUCUGUGCAUAUAACCUCGAGGCAUCUUCUGAGACCAACAAGGAGGUUGCCGGUUUCUGGGGUCUUGUAGCCGCAGAGUUUUCUCAAACUGCCAAGGAGAAAUUAUCGCUCGGUAGUCUGUCUUGUGCAGAAGACUUGUGGCCGAGCCAAGUGAACGAGCUUAUGAUGGCGACGAUGAGCAUGAACACAAUAUCAGUCAUGAGCGGCAAGUUCAACGAAGCGAGAGCAUUCCUUCUCGCAGCUGAGCGCCUUUCGGAAGAGCCAAGUGCGAUCGGACCCCUUCAAAGCCGAGAGGCAACAAUGCUCCGCAGCAUGCUUCGAUAUCGACACAUAUCUACCCAGAGAUGAAGAGGCCUGACGUUUGCACCAGUCCUGGCUCACGCCUACCAGCUUCCCGUGUCGGCGACAUUCCAAAUGCACAAUUUAAUGCCAAGUUUCCAUCUUUAAGAACUAGGGUAUUCAUGGAGAAUCACGA